AUGGUCGCUGAGAAAUAUUCUGAUGGAAAUGUACACCUCGUAGAACUAGAUGUAAUAGACUGUGGAAUUGAUCAUGAACUUGAUGUCAGUGAAGGCGACGUUGAAAUCUCACAGUAUCCCUGGUUGGGAAUACUGUACUAUACGUUUUAUGGCGACACUACUGAAGCGCGCGCUGUUACAACUGUAGCGUUAAUACAAGCUGAGUUUGUGAUUGCACCAGCUGCGGAUAUCGGUCCGAUGCCUAAAAAUGAUUUUAGAGCGAACGCAAUGGUUCUUCUCGGUGAAGGUUGGAAUCGAAGCGGACGUCGAGUUCGCAACUAUGUGUUACAUCCUGAGUAUGAAGAGACUUACAAUACCAUCGCCUUAGUACAACUCCGAACGCCAGUUCGUAACGAAAAUUUGAGACCAUUGUGUCCACCUCCAGAUAGAUUACGGAGUCCCGAUUUGUACGUUGUAAAAUUCAAAGAAGAUUAUAAUGAUCUUCAAAAGCAAGUACUUCCCGUAACCCACGUGAUGUCAAGUUUGUGCAAGGAGUUCUAUCUUCGUGCUAAUCUAUAUGCAAAGAAGAUGCGUCCUCCACACGUAGCAUGCGCCGUGUCCCUGGAGCAGGACAACGUGUGCGUGUGGGACGCGGGCGCGGCGCUCGUGACGCGCGACGUGUGGGGGCGGUGGCAGCUGCUAGGUAUGGGAGUUCGAGGCCCGGGCUGUGGAGCGCCGUCCCGUUAUUUAGAUAUGAUGAGUUACUAUCCUUGGGUAGAAAACAGCCUCGAUAAGUUUAGACGAAUCAGCAUAUCUAAGAUAUCGAAGCAGAAAUAUAUCGUACGGGCGGGCAGUCACGCCUACCAAAGAUUUGGUAAUUGUGACGAAGAAGAAAAAAUUAACUUAAUUUACCGAGAAAUGAUAGUUUUACGGACAGAUAACAAUCAGUACCAGUUUUUGACGUAUAAUAUGUCAAUAUACGACAGCGUUGAGUUCUCCUGUCUAACACUGGAACUUAUAAACGCGUCCGCUGUCUCCGAGAUGCGGAUCAAGCAUUUCUGCCCAAGGAAUCCUAAAGGAGUGCCUUGUUAUUCCUAUAAAGGAUCCGUUUUCGAAAUAUCCGUAUAUCUGAUGUUCUCGGACACGUGUCGGUUCGAAAUGUUCGCCUGGGGCUGGAAGAAGAAUAUGACGCUGAUCGACAUUCAAGAGUGGAAGUGGGAGGAGGGGACCUACUACGAGGACUUUACCAUGCAACCGGUGGAGUACAGGGGAACGCAAGCCGAUACACAGUUUGGUUUCGAACCGAUAGAUAGUUACAUGUGGGUACCGGAUUAUGACGUUUGGUCAUCAUCGUUACCACCUGACCUAUCCAAGACUACAACUACACGGCCGCGUCGAGGAGAGGAUGAAACGCCCCCGCCAUUAGAUUAUAGUGAUCCUGGUGCUGGAGGUAAACAGCUUGAAGAGGAAAAGUACGUGACAAGGCCGCCUGACAUGGGAAUGUUUGACAUCAUGACAGCCAAACCUAACCCCAUGGAAAGAUAUAGUUCGAAACACAAGGUUGAGGAAACGACGAUACGACCUAUAGGACGACGUAAUGCGUACAAUGAUUAUUAUUAAAUAAUAUGUUAUAUUACUUUUGGAAUUGGUUGAUUAAAAUUAUUUAUUCUAAUUCCAUUUUUAUUUUAUAGAAAGGGUGUUAAUUGUAAUACUUCAUAGCUUUGUUAUGGUUUAAAUCAUUAUAACUAUAUCUAUGUAUAUUUAUUUAAAUUUAACAGCAAAACAUGGCUUUAGAAAUAGUAAACACAUACAAGCUC